AUGAAGUUCAUCGGAACCGCUGCUUUUGCCCUCACCAUGGCCACUGUUGCCAUGGGUGCCAAGCUGUCUGAGUCUGCUGCUCUUGCAGAUGCCAAGAGCCAGUGCACCGUCGGCGAUAUCUCUUGCUGCAACUCGAAGGAAGAGACCGAGGCCGACGGCAUUCUCGGAAACCUUCUGGCUGGAGGUCUCCUGAACGGCCUGCUCGGCAACUCCAACUCUGCUUGCGCCAAGACAAGCCUCCUCGACGACCUUAACAUUCUUUCCUCAAGCAAGGAUACCGAUUCUGGUCCCGUCUGCAAGAACAUCAUUGCCUGCUGCCCUGAGGGAACCAAGGAGUGCAUCGCUAUCGACAACUCCGGCAGCUCCGGUAAAUCCAGCAAAUAG